AUGGAGCGUUAUGAGUCUCUGGGUCUGGUCGGGGAGGGCAGUUACGGCACCGUGCUGAAGUGCCGUCAUCGAGACUCCGGACGCCUCGUUGCCAUCAAGAAGUUCAUGGACUCCGACGAUGACAAGAUGGUGAAGAAGAUCGCCCAGAGGGAGAUCAAGCUGCUCAGGCAACUGCGUCACGGCAACCUGGUGAACCUUCUGGAAGUGUGGAAGCGCCGUCGCCGCUGGUAUCUGGUGUUUGAGUUUGUGGAGCGGACACUCCUGGACGAUUUGGAGCUAAACCCAAGUGGACUCAACCUGAACGCCAGCCGCCAGUAUCUGUACCAGAUCCUGAGGGCUGCAGCCUUCUGCCACCAGCAAAAUAUCAUCCACCGUGACAUUAAACCAGAGAACAUCCUCAUCUCUCAGGAGGGCGUGGUCAAGCUGUGCGAUUUCGGAUUCGCCCGCACCAUGGCGUCGCCUGCUGAGGGCGGCGUCUACACCGACUACGUAGCCACUCGCUGGUACAGAGCCCCAGAACUGCUGGUGGGAGACAUUAAAUACGGAAAACCAGUGGAUGUGUGGGCUGUAGGUUGUCUAUUAUUAGAGAUGUUAACAGGUCAACCUCUGUUUCCCGGAGACUCUGACCUCGACCAAAUCUACCACAUCGUCAGGUGCUUUGGUAACCUGACUGCUCAUCACCAGGAGUUGUUCUACAGGAAUCCUGUCUUUUCUGGAGUCAGGUUGCCAGAAUGUUACGGCCAAGUCCCACUGCGGCAGCGCUUCCCUACAAUCACAUCCACUGCCAUAGACUUGGCACAGAGCUGUCUCCAGAUGGACCCAGAAAGACGGGCUCAGUGUUCAGAACUGCUAGAACAUCCUCUGUUCACACAGGACUCUUUCCACAUCAGGUUUUUAAAUGAGCUGAAUGCCAAGAUCCAAAAGGACAUCAGGGAAAACUCUAUCCUUCCCAAAAUAACCAAAACCCCAAGACGAGAAAAGGAUGAAGGAAAUGAGAGAAACCAAAGAGGCAAAGAAAAGAAACAGCUGGAAGAUCUGGAUGAGAAAGUUAACAAGGAAAAGGAGAAGAAAGACAAGAAGGAAGAAGAGAAGACGGAGAAAACAAAAGGAAAACAACCUUCGAAGCUUUCUAAAACUAUUCGGAACAUCUCUGAACCUUUGAUGUCCACCAAACAGUCCAAGACAUUAGGUGCUAAGGUAGUCAAUAAUGUAGCAAGGGCUUCAGUGGCCAUGAAAAGUGAAACAGGAAAAGCCACUGGUGCAGGGUUAAUGAAGGAACUUGAGAUUUCUAAAUCAGGUAAAACCCUUUCUUCUAAUUCGUCAGAAGGUACAAGGACCAUAACGGGUCUGAAGAACGAUAACACAGUGGUAGCUAAACCUAAACAUGGGAAAGUUGCUUCUGUAGAACCAAGGGAAGACCAUUUAAAAAGUACAAAGAAGACAAAAGAUAUAGAUUCCAGUAGUUUGCAUUCUAGUGGCUCAGACACAACUGUGUCAAGUAGGACUGAGAAAAAUGUGAUGGACAUCUGUGGAUCUUCUAAAUCGAUGCUAAAUCAGGAGUAUGGGAAAAGCUGGAACAAUGCAAAAAAGGAAGUGCCCAAAAUGUCUAAAAGCGCAACCACUGACCAUCCAAAUAUGAGUUCAUCUUCAAAAGCCUUGUUGGAAUCAAAGGUCAAUCGAACAGACUCAAGCUUGGCAUUGCAAGCGUGUCAGCCAUCAAGCAAUGACCACACUACCCUAAUUAUCCCUUCUGUUACCAAGCUAUGCAAGAUGACCACUACUUCGGAGCAUCAGGCACGAGACCCAGAGCAAAGACAGAUGUCUGAAUGUUCAAAAGUUUUGACGUCAAACCCCAAGCUGUCAAAGGCUACCUCAAACUCUGACUCAGAAAUGACCAAAACCAACAUGUCUUUGUCCAUCAACCCAUCAAAGACUCGGAUUUCAGAUCUUUCAACGCAGUCCUUCAAAGUUUUUAUCGACACCAGUCCUGCACACAGCACUACAACACUGCCCAAAGGAGUAUCAAAUCCAAAGUUGUCCAAAACUGUCCUGACUUCAAUUGCUAAACCCACAAAUGACAUCACAUGUUUAUCCAACAAACCUUCAAAGGACUUUCAGAAAGACAGGGAACUUACAGAAGUAUCAAUCAAAACCAAAACUCAGCAGGAUAGUUUUAAUACUUCAUAUGAGGUUAUUAAGGAGGAUCACGGAAACUUGAAGCUAAGACCAGCAACCAAAGCAGCAGGAAAGCACAUACCAGUAUCCCAUGCUUCUGGAAAAAAUCACAAAGAGGAUCCCGAAUCCUCAGAGCCCUCCAGUGUCCAUCAGCAGACAACUCUCCAACUUAAGAUCAGUCCAGAAUCCAGACCAACAUCAGCCUCCAUACUGAGUGAAAUCCCUAAAACCAACACCCUCAAAGUCUCAGAUAAAGAGAACAGAGAGGAUUUAGCACUUUCCCUGUCCACCAGUGCAAGAACCAAGACUUUAGUAAAUCAAUCCUCAAAGGUUUCUGGAAGCUCAAGCCCUAAAAUAAAGAACGACAGCAGUGAAGUUGAAUCCUUGAAACACACUCACUCCAGAUCUUUUAUUGGACAAUCUCAAGCAAAGGUUGGGUCUUUUAGCAACUACAGAAUGUCCACCACAACACUGUCCACAAGGACUCAGAAAACUAAAUUUCUUACAGAGACAAGGAAGACAAAUAGUAAGCCAGAAAGGAAUGACACAACUCCAGACCACAGAGCUUCAAAGAGAAGCUUCGUCCUACACAGCACUGAUACCACAGACCUUAAUGAGUCUGAUUUCAGUGUACCCCAUUCCUCUCCGCCUCCUCCACCUCCUCCUCCCUCCUCCACUCCUCUCCUCCUCCCUCCUUCCUCAGCAACCCUUAUCCCCACCUUCUCUGUCGUCAAUGCCAACAGCCCAGCCGCCAGUGAUCAUCAUACCCUCGGGGCCGGUUUCCAUCCUGGGAGCCACAGCCUUAGGUGUAUAGACAAGCCAAGGCAUCACGGUGGCGUCUAUAGUCGACUGGCCCAACAGUCUCUGUCGAGUCACAUUACAGCAUCGAUAACAGCACAGGUGUCAGAUAAGAGUCUGAUCAGCGAGCGCUCAUUCCUGUCUGAUCGCUGUAACCUUGGUAACAGCGGUGGCGUUGCCGUGGCCAAAAGGAAAUCAGACAUCCAUUUCCCAGAUCUAAGAAGCUCGGUGCUACCAGAGCUCAGAGGAAGAGAUGGCAAACACAACAAAGGCGUCACCAAGGAUCAGAGGAAAGACAAACAGCCAGUUCCCUCCGUAUCGCCAUCAGAACCACGGCAGCUCGGACACAACAGUACUGACAGACGCCACACACACACACACCAAAACACACGUCCUAACACGACUCUCUGAACACAGAUUCCUUCAUUUGGACUCAUCGCUGUAAACCUCAACAUCAACAGUGCUGACCUCGCCUAAAUAAAAAGAUGCAUUACAUUCGUCCUUAUCCCGUUCAUUCAUUUAGCGUUAGCGGUGGCUACAUUUCGCUAAUAUGAAGAACCAGCUGUUCCAUUUCCACCUGGUUUAUUGAUACAGGAGCAUCUUUAGUCAAACAACAGAUGGAUAAUGUGUGAAAAUUUUAAUAACGGCAGUUAAAUAAUAGUUUUUGUUUUAUUAUAUUACAAAUUUGAACCCAGUAAACAGGUCGUUCAUAUGUAAAUACAUUAAAAAGAAGAUUGUUUGCGUUGGUAAAGUUUCCUUUUUACAGCACAAUAAUUAAUAUCUACAACAUACUAAAUAUUUACUGAUAUUAAAACAGUGAUGCAGCUACAACAUUAACAAAACUGUUUAACUUUUCCAUUAAUCUCUCAGUUUUGCAUAAAAACAAAAAAAUACAAAAAUUGAUGAUGUCAUUUUAAGACUCGUCACUAGAGUCUGAGGAAAACGAACCUACGUUCCACCGGUUCACGACUGUUCUCUUUGGCAACUUUGCCAGUACUUCGUCGCUUUCUGAUGACAGCCCUCCUAUUGGCUGAGACAUAAACCUGUUGAAUCCUGGGAGAGAACCGGCUGCACGUCGUCUGCUAUUGGUCAGGAGGUAGUGGAGGAGGCGGGCUGCAGGGUUGGGGUGGUUGUUAGCGAUUGGUCCUGCUGGAGCUGGGCGUGGCCUGACUGGUGCUCCCGUGUCUUUGGUCUUUGGUUUCUUUGGCGGCAAGUGCUUUAAGUAAAGAAAAGACAUUUAAAACACAAUGAAAAGGAAAGUUGAAUCAAUUAAAGUAGAAUAAAUCAAGUAAACAACCUAACACUAUAUAUGAGUUUAAACAAAACAACUUCUAAUCUGAUGCAUAGAUACCUUCCUGGUGAU